UUACACAAGUUGUUUUUCCUGUAAGACACAGGAAUGUUAUUUCAGUUGAUAGAGCAGUAGUAACAGACAUAACAAUAAAAAUGUUGAUGCUGAUUGUAGUUUUAAUACUUAAUGUUUGGGUCAUACCAGCAGAAGAUAUACUUUCACCAAACAUAAACAUCCUUGUUGAACUGGAGAAGAUAAAGAGCAUGGAAAAAAGAAUGGAAUCAAUGGAAACAGAAAUGGAGCGACUCCAGACAGAGAAUACAGCACAGGCAAAGAAGGUGGAGGCCUUACAUGGUAUCGUAAAUGACAGAAAGAUCAAAAUGGAUGAACUAACAGCACAAAAUGAAGCACAAGAAAAAGAGCUAAAAGCUUUGUAUGGUACAAUGAAUGACACAAAGAUAACAAUGGAUGAACUAAAAAAACAACUGAAAGCUUCAAAAGUGGCUUUCUCUGCUUCUCUAUUGUCCUCUCAUGGACCGCAAAGCAGUUUACAUACCCUGGUUUACAAACACAUCUUCCUCAAUACUGGAAAUGCCUAUGAUCCAAACACAGGAAUCUUUACAGCACCUAUGAGAGGAGUUUAUGUAUUCAGAGUCUUCUCUAAGGCUUAUGGAAAUCGAGAUAAGGCUGUUGUCGCAGGCCUGUUUAAGAACGACCAGCAUGUAUUUUCAACAUAUGCACGCCAAGAAGGUGGUUUUAUCAGCUCUUCGAAUGGAGUUUCUCUCUUGCUAGAAAAGGGGGAUAGAGUGUAUGUCAAUCUCUAUUCUGGACAUUGGAUUUUUGACAAUGAACACCAUCACAGUACCUUCAGUGGACACCUGCUUUUCCCCAUGUGAUUGAAACAUGGUUUAUUCACAAAAAGUAAAGCCUUUCAUAUCAAGACUGUAAGCAUACAAGAUGUUUAUACAUAGAGGGUGUUCGAUGCUUUUCAAAAACCCAUAAAAAAUGCGUUGCCAUAUAUCUUUCAAAUGGAAAGAUAUAAUAUAUAAUAAUUUCCAUGACAUCAAAGCGCAUACAUUAAUCUACACAUAAUGGCCUAAUUUAAGGCAAUAGCAUCAUCAGCAUCAAUGUUUAAAGGUUCCUUGCAUGUCCCAAAUAAAUUACUGUGCAAAAUGCAAAAUGUAACUGAUGAAAAAAAAAAAAAAAAGAUGAAAGAUUGUGACAAUGCAAGUAUGGCAAACUAAUUAACAGAUUGCAAAACACCUUUGUGUUUGUGUGGACUUACUAGUAUUCAUGUGCCCAUGGUUUAAGGUGGAGAAAACAUGGUUCUUUCAUUUAUACACACUCCAAACAGAGUGGCACAGAAGUAUGAAAUGCUCACAUGAUUCUCCACUUUGUAUAAACACGCCUUAUUGAGCCUGGUACAAAAUAUCAUGUGACCAUAACAACCUGUGUGAUAUUGACUGUAUAUGAAUUUAUCAGCAACCAAAGUAUAAAGUUAAGAGGGUAUAUUGUUGAGUAGUAACUGAUUACAUGUAAUAUGGAUUAUGCAAUCAGAUUACAAAAAAACAAAUGCUUGUAGUUAUAUUACAUUAUAUAAAAAAUGCAUGUAAUCUAAUUACAGUUAUGUUUUUAUGGAUUACAUUACAUUAUUGCAUUCCUCAUAACAUUAUAUAUCACCCAUCAGGAAAUAACUGGUGAGACAUUUACUGAUUAAGCUCCUAUAAAUUUUAAAAAUGUGGUCUACUCUAGACAGAUACUGUACAUACACUGAAGACAGUGUGGUCCUGUUCCACAUUUGACAAUGUAAAAAAAAAAAAAAAAAAAAAAAAAAGUGGAAAAAUAACUGAGCAACGCAAUCUUUGCCAUUCUUUGUCUUUCACAUCAAAAAAUAAAUAUGGUCCUCUGAAUAAGGUCA